AUGAACUCGGUGGCUUACUCCAGUAUAAGGUACUUGCCAUUGCUGCUGCGGUAUGGGAGGGCUCUCCCGUUGCUGAAUAACCCGCACGCCCUAGAGCAAGAGCACCACGAGUCUGAGUCCGAUCUGGUCUACUACGGUGUUGUCUCCAUGUUCCUGGUUGUCCUCGGCGGUGUCUUCGCAGGUCUGACCCUGGGUCUCAUGGGCCAGGACGAGAUAUACCUGACGGUCAUCAACACUUCCGGUACCCAGAAGGAGAAACAACUCUCUGGAAAGGUCCUCCGCUUAAUCUCCAGAGGUAAGCACUGGGUGCUGGUGACACUGCUGCUCUCAAAUGUCAUCACUAAUGAAACUUUGCCAAUUGUCCUCGAUAGGUGCCUGAACGGCGGGUGGCAGGCCGUCAUAUCCUCCACUAUCCUCAUCGUGGUCUUCGGCGAAAUCAUUCCCCAGAGCAUAUGUGUCAAGUACGGGCUCGAAGUCGGCGCAUUCUUUGCACCUUUUGUGCUCGUCCUCAUGUACCUGAUGUACCCAGUAGCAUACCCAAUUGCUCUUUUGCUAGACUACAUUCUUGGUGAAGACCAUGGCACGGUAUACAAGAAAUCGGGCCUAAAGACACUGGUCACACUACACCAGACCAUGGGUGUAGAAAGAUUAACUACAGAUGAAGUCACCAUCAUCUCCGCAGUCUUGGACUUGAAAGAUAAGAAAGUCAAAGAGAUCAUGACACCAAUUGAGAAUGUCUUCACACUAAGUGCAGACAAGAUUCUAGAUGAGAAAACUAUAGAGGAGAUCUUCAACUCAGGUUUCUCACGUAUCCCCAUCCACUUACCAAACGAACCCAUGAAUUUCAUCGGUAUGCUAAUCGUAAGAAUUUUGAUCUCUUAUGACCCAGAAGAUGCAUUGCCAAUUUCAAGUUUCCCCCUAGCUACAUUACCUGAAACAUCUCCAAACACUUCAUGCCUGAAUAUUUUAAACUACUUCCAGGAGGGUAAGUCGCAUAUGUGUAUUGUUAGCGAACGCCCAGGAUCGUCUAAUGGUUCUAUUGGUGUAGUUACUUUAGAAGAUGUAAUUGAAGAGUUGAUCGGUGAAGAAAUAGUGGAUGAAUCGGAUGUCUUUGUAGACAUACACCAGCAUAUCAUGAGAGAACAACCUGGUCCAUUGAGUAAAAGACAUGUUACGUCCUACCUACAUCACUUAUACACUACAUCUAGUAAGGACUCGUGUGUGCCUUUACUCAAUUCAAAAUUAAACAAUUACUCUUCCAUUAAUGAGCAUAAGCCAGUAAAUCACUCUCACCCACCAAAUCUGCCAAAUGGUUCGCAACUUCAGUUAGCUCCUUCAAACCUAGCAUCAAACCCAUUGGAUAUCAAGAAAUCUUUUGUUACUAUCAAGAAGCUACCACCAGGGGAAUUAAUAUCUCCUAGUAAUAAAGAUUACAGCAACGAACAUUUGAGAUUAAAUGAACAACAAGGUGAAAAUAGACGGCUUUCACAAGGUGAACAGCAGUUAUUACAGGAGCAUGCCAACUUAUCUCAUAAGGCAAUAGAUUAUACACAAUCUAGUGGUAAACCGAUAAGGAUCACAUCUUCAACCACUACUCAUGAUCCUAAUGAGAAUGGCACAGAAGACUCUGCAAAGAAUGUUCUUAUUUCAUCUUCUUAUCAAUCAACUGCCAAUGGUAUUGUCGAAAGUGUCAUCACUGUUAAAGGUGUUGCAAAAACUAUUAUCGAGGAUGAUCAAAGUGUUUACCACGAUAAUCAUGAAAUACAGCAUGACAUAUCAAAGAUGAAUUCUUCGACUGAUUUACUCCUAGCUGACCAUGAUGAGAAGUCUAGAUCAUCUACUCCUGUCAGUGAUAAUGGUAAGAAGAAGAAGAAGAGCAAGAAAAAGAAAAGAAGAAGCAAGAAGUGA